AUGGAGCACCACUAUUUAUCUUCCUCACGGACCUCAUCAACAACACCAGAACACUGUCUUGAUCUUCUAUGGAUCAAACAUAAACCUCCAAUAAUCCCCCCAAUAUUGAGGCUUUUUCUUCUAUCACAUCAGAUAUUCAAAUAUGAUGUAUGUUAUAUUUCGGAGGUCAAUCGCAUAUGUGCAGUACAGUACAAUGUUGUCGAUGCAGAGGAGAGGCAGAAGUUCUCUGAGAAGGUCAUUGUGCUGCUUCUUAUUGUUGACGCCAUUGAGGGGGCUGAUAUCAUGGUUAGGGCUGCCAAAAAGGUCGAUGGUGGAUGA